UUUUACGCGACAGAUAUCUGUGUCAAAUUAAAAGACUAGAUUUUUUGUUAUUAUGCGGCUCGGUGUUAACAGUAAAACUUUCCGCGCAACCUCAGAAGAAUAAAAUAAUUUGAAGUGCAGGAACAAUACGACGUUUUUGCUUUGUAUUUGACUUGUUUACACCUGAGCUGCUGUCGAGAGGAGAAGGAUUCACCCACAUUUUUCCUCAAGAUGCAAACACCGCUGACUGGGCUGGACGGGGACCUCCUCUGGUGAAUCUUGUUCCCUCACAGCUCUCUCUGAUGCAGCCAGGUAAGCUGCAGACGGUUGGAUGAGAGGCUGGAUGGAUGGAUGCUGGCUGCUUUCUAGUCUAGAGGGGGAUUCUCCGUGCGUCUCGUAUUACACUGCUGCGCUUCAUCCUCCCGUCUCCCUCCAUCGCGGUCGGUCUCCUGCAGCCUGUGAGCGGAUGAAUGCCCAAGACUGUGAUUUUACCGUCGCCAAAAGGACUCCAUGUCUUUCUUGGAUUGUUCCUGCAUCUCCCACGCUCAGGUCCAGCCCAUGGACAUAGAGGAGCGCUAUGAGGACACCAGCCACCAGUUCCUGAGCUGUGACGGGUCUGAAUACACUCUGCAAGGGCCAGCAGGUGGCGAUGACAUCACUGGGCUGUCGGCCGAACCGGCCCACUACCAGCUACUGUCUGAGCUGGGAAGGGGCUUCCAUAAUCUGAGCCAGGUAAACAUGGCCCGCCACAUCCCUACUGGCCAGCUGGUGGCCGUCAAACAAACCAACCUGGACGAGUGCACAGAGGAGGAGCUGCUGCAGCUCAUGAAUGAGGUUCUGCUGUCUCGACUCUUCCGUCACCCCAACCUGCUGACCUCUCGCCUGGUCUUUAGCUCCUGCUGCCAGCUGUGGGUCCUGACACCGCUCAUGGCCUAUGGCUCUGCAGACACAUUACUGAGGACAUAUUUCCCGGAUGGAAUGAGUGAAUCCCUGAUAGCGUACCUGCUGUACGGUGUGCUGAAGGCAUUGGAAUACCUACACCGGAUGGGCUACGUGCACCGGGGGGUGAAGGCCAGUCAUAUCCUACUGUCAGAGGAGGGCCGCGUCUACCUCUCAGGACUCCACAGUGUUUACAGUAUGAUGCGUGAGGGGAAGAGGAUGAGGGCGGUGUUUGAUAUGCCUCAUCACAGUCCAGCACUGCUGCCCUGGCUCAGCCCAGAACUACUGCGACAGGACCUGCACGGUUAUGGAGUAAAGUCGGACAUCUACAGUUUGGGCAUCGUGGCUUGUGAGCUGGUCAGCGGCAGAGUGCCUUUCCAGGACAUGCCACCCACUCAGAUGCUGCUUCAGAAGCUGCGCGGCUCCCACUGCUGCCUGCUGGACGUGGCUCCGUUCCCGCUGGGAGAACUGGGAGGGCUGAAGGUGUCGCGCUCCGGCGUGGACUCCGGCAUCGGGGAGAGUGUGGCCACAGGCAGCCUGACCCACAGCGCCACCGCUCCCCCUGCUGACAGACCUCAGAGCCCCGGACCCAAAAACCACUCGGCCACCCUACACAGCCUGGUCCAGCUGUGUCUGCAGCAGCAGCCUGAGCGCAGACCGUCAGCCUCUGAACUGUUGACCCACGCCUUCUUCAAGCAGGUGAAGCGGCACACCAGAGACUCCUUUCUCAGUCUCAUGUACCCAGCAGUGCCCAUCACCAGCCCUGAGGACCCUCCAGUAUCCAGCCCUCCUGCCCCCUCCUGCCACUCUCCAGCCUCAACCGCCACUGAUGCCACCGAGGCUGUGUGGGAUUUCUCCUAACCCGUCUUUGACGUCCCCAAAUCCUGACUAGCAAGCCAAACACGAGACAAUCAACGUUAAGCAAUGAGGCCAAAUUCUACUGUGCUUUUAUUUUGUAUUCUUAUUAACCCGACUCUCUGAGCCUUUUUUUAAUAGUUUUGUAGUUUUUUUAUAUGUUCGUCUGAUGCCUCUGUGGAUUUUGCGUCAGGAGAUGGAGAGGCGACUGUGAAAGUGCUGGAUCAAAGAAGCUGCUGAUCACAUGGUAAGAAUCCACCAUAACGCUAAAAAAAACUGUCAACGAGUCGUAGAACAAAAGACGAGUCGGUUGACUAAAAAUCACGCACUUCCUGUGACUUAAAGGAAAAGUCCACCUGUUAAUACUUUAUUGUUGAAAGCACAACGUUUUGUUGCUUUUACGGUUUUCUAGUCGUAUUUCCAGAGAUGAUGGUUAUUUUGAGGUGGAUCACUACAGUAUAGAACCUGCUGCUCUGCUCAAAUAACACUAUUACUGAAAUAAAUAAGUGAACACACCAAAAAAUGAAAAGGUACUGACAACGUAACCCUGAGCAUAGGAGAUUAUGUGAGGCUGGAUUUUUCCUUUAAAGUGUUAUUACGUAUUCAGACUGUGAAUAGUGAAUACUAAGGUUCAUAAACGGAGAUAUUCGACACAUAUGUGCAUAUAUAUUCAUCUGUGCCAGAGGUUUCAACUUCAGAGUUAAAGGGAGACGUGGAGGAACUGGUUCUCCUCCUUGGAGUCAUAACUCAUUCAACUCUGAACGCACAGACGUGAUGCAUGUAUUUCUGGAUUCAGUGUGACGUACACGUCGUGAGGAUAUAAGUAAGUCUGAUGCCCAUCUUGAAUAAACAAUGACAGAUCACGUUGAAAUCAGAGAAAAACGAUGAUUUUCAAGACUCCAGAAGUUGCCUGAGAAUCAUCACAUUUUAACAUGCUUUUAGGUGUCAAAGGAACUGAGUGGUAGCUGCCUGUGCAUGUAUGAGCGCAUUGCAAAGAGGAGCUGCUAAGAGCUAAUUCAGAUGCAGCUCACAGCAAGGUAACCAAUUCUGUUCUAUUCCUGUGUCCUGACAGCUCCAAUUCAACCCCCUAAUUCAUCAAAUUCAUUUUUACAGGUCCCAGGUCGCCAUAGAAACUGUAAAUAUGAUCCUGCUGUGUGUCUGAACAUAUAUGCACAUACGGUUCCUGCAUAGUAACGUCAAAACUGGUUAUCACGCACAAAGAACAAACUGUGCUGUGAAAAAGAGCAAUAGAAUUUAUUUAGUAGCAGUUAGAAACCAUCAGUAGAAGAAACCCUUCCCUGAUCAUCAGUGAUGCAACAACAGAUUAUCUCGACUGUGCUCUGUGACACUUAUCCAACAAAUGCCUUUCUGUUUUAAUGAAACCUCCAUCCAGAAUAUGGUGAUCUCUCUGUAACUGUGAUUAAGUGUACUGUGUAUGUGACCUGCAGUACAUAUCAAACAUGGUAGCUGUGUGAGCCUUAUAUAUAAACACAUAUUAUAAAUGAUACAGUAUACUGUAUAUGUACAUACAAACUUGAUUUCCAAACUUUC